GAACACCCCAGUACUCUAACAAGUCUCAAUAACCUGGCUAGUGUGCUCCAGUACCAAGGAAAGUAUGUUGAAUCAGAGACGAUGCAUAGACUUGCCCUCGAGGUACGCCGAAAGGCUCUUGGACCAGAACACCCAGAAACACUAGCCAGUGUCAACAACCUAGCCAAUGUUCUGCAAUACCAAGGAAAGUACGAUGAAUCAGAGGCGAUGCACCGGCGUGUACUGGUGUGGGGGGAGAAGAUUCUUGGGCCAGAACACCCCAACACGCUAGCUAGUAUUAAUAACCUGGCUAGUGUGCUUCAAUACCAAGAGAAGUACGUUGAAUCAGAGACGAUGAACAGGCUUGCACUAGAGGUACGCGACAAGGUUCUCGGACCAAACCACCCUGAAACGCUAGCAAGUAUCAACAAUCUGGCCAGCGUGCUGCAGCACCAAGGAAAGUACAAGGAAUCGGAGGCGAUGCACCAACGG